CAUUGAACUCUCAACAGUACGGAGAAGAAAAAAAAAAUUUCUGCCAACAUCCUUCUUUUCCACCAAGCCUGAGCCAGUCUCAUUUUUCUCACCCAUCAAACAUCAAAUGUGUCGUCGCGAAGAGGCAUCUCGCGUAGUGAAAAAAUUGAUUUAAAGGUGGAAAGUGGAUGGAAAAAUUGAAAAUCACAAGCUUAAAAUGGUUGAUUAAUUAUGGAUUAAAAAAGGAUGUGGAUAUAUGAAAUAAUAAAAGAACUUUCAAAUAAAAUCUAAGCGAGAGAAAAAAAUAAGAAGAAGGAAAUUUUUUUUUCACCACACCACACAAAAUUGUUCCUUCAUUUUCGAAUUUUCGGGGGCGCAGGGAGGACUUUCUCAACCCCGAAACAGCAGAAAAGAUUUAGUGUGUGCGAGAGUGCGAGAAACAGAGAGAAACGAGAAAAAAUGAGAAAAUAAAUAUAAAUGAGAAAAGGAGCAGCAGCAGCAGCAGCAUUUUUAUGAUGAUAAAAGAAUGAAAAAUGUUGUUGUGAAAAAGUGAAAAUGCAAUUGAAAUAAUAAAAAAAAGGAAAUUUCUUCUUGUUCCUGCUGCAAUCUUUUUUUCUUAAAGAAAAGUGGAAAUAAGUGGAAAACUUGAGGAUUAUUAUUAUUUUUUUCAAAGGAAAAAAGUUUUUCGUGUGAAACUCGAGAGAGAAUAAAAGUUUUUCGCAUGUGAAAGCCAUUAAAGUCAUACACACAAAUUCUGCAGCGCUUCCAACAUUCGCACAUAAAAAAAGUGUCGCUUUAAAAUUUAUUAAAUUUUUAUUUCAUGCACAACAUAGCAUUUACGUGAGAAUGUAGAGACUUCCUUAAAAUAAUGAUAAUAAAUGUAGUCUAGAGAAAAAAGUUUUUAUUUACAACCAUAAAUUUAAGGAAAAGUGAAAGAAAAAAAAAGUGAAAAAGAAGCAUAAAAAUUUUUCCGUUUCGCGAAUUAGCCAUGCCCAAAUCAGGAAGCACGCAUAAUGAUGAGAGUGAUAAUGAUUUUAGCAGCGCAAAUGAGAAUAGUAAUUUAAGUGAAAUCAAUCCAUUGGUGCUGUCAUCGCAAGCUAAUUUAUUGCGACAAGCUACAGCUGCUGUCGCGUUUAGUCAAAAUUCAUCAUCAUCAACAUCAUCAUUACUUGGAAAUGAUCGAAUAGGAAGUGGAUUAUUGAAUAGCUGUAAUAAUAAUAAUAUUAAUAUUAAUAUAAAUCAAAAUUCUAAUCAAAGUAACUCAAAUGCUGGAGUAAAUAGUAAUUGUAGCAAUGGAAGUGCGAGUAAAAAGUUUCGGCAUCAAAAUUUCAGCAAAAACAUUUAUAUUGGCACCAAAAAUGCCGAGCGAUGGGAUAAUUUACGCAAUUUAUUUCAAUAUAAGAACGAUGUUGAGUUUGUGUCAUUUCUGCUGAAUACAGCCGAAAAUGAGGCACGAUCAAAUAAAAAUGGUAGUUUCAAGUUGCCCAUAUUUCAAAAGAACACCAGUAACAAUCACAUUGAUAACAGUCAAGAUUAUGAGAAAGAGCAAUCGACAUCGUCGUUCUUACAAAAGCGUCAACAGCCUCAGCUGCAACAGCAGAAGCAUGCAAAUAUUGAAAAUCAACAGCACAUAAAAAUACAGCAACCACAGCAACAACUACAAAUUCAACAGCAGCAGCAGCAGCUACAACAACAACAAAUGCCAAAGAAAGUGAAACGUGUACAAUUUCAAGACAACGUGAACAUCAUAAAUGAUGAUAUGUCGCAAUCGCAUGAGAUGAACUUAAGCAAAACAAUGGCUACAUCUACAACAACAUCAUCAAAUGAUAAUAAUGCACAAGAUCAUUCAAUAAGUAGUACAAUUGAUGGUUCCGUAUCGUCAGAUGAGUCAAAUAAUACAACAGAAAUUCUUGAUUGUCGGAUUGAGGAGAAAAUCAAAAAUGAAUUAGAAGAGAAGCAAAAAAUGAUUGAAAUUGGUCGCAAUGGAAACAAUGGACGAUAUGAUGAGGCACCAACGCCAAUCAGUUCUAGUUUAAUGGACAAACAAAUGAUGAGUGAGGGUGAGGAUGAGGAGCAUGAUGAUAAUCCACGACCAAUAUUGAGUAAGAGACGAUUUUAUGAUAUUCGAAAAGCACCAAUAAUGCUUGAUGCAAAAUUAAACGAGUUGUCCGAUGUGAAUCAAGAUAAGAGUGUUUUUGAUUUCAAGGACGAUGAUGAUGAUGUUGAUUCAGAUGGAGGACGCUUGGAGAUAAAUAGUGAUUUUAUGAUACGUGAUCGAAAGACAUCAUCAACAUCGAUUAAGAAGUCAUAUAAGCCAAAAAUAUGUUAUGCAUGUAAUACGAAGCAUGGCAAAGAAACAUGUCCAAUACGAAAUCCAAUAUCUUCCAUACCAAAUCAAAUUGACUUUGCCGAUUGGAUUGUUGAUCAUCCUAUUAUUGAACCAGUACGGCCUCCUUUAUGUGAUAAAGAUGCGCCACUAGAUGAUGAAAAAAUGUUUUUUGAAGACUCAGUCAAGUCUGAAAAUGAGCUUGAUGAUAUGGAUGACGAUGAGGACGAUGAUGAUGACUUAGAUGAUAAAAUGGAUAUGAUUAUGGAUCAAUCUGAUGAUUUGCCAUCAUUUGCUGAAGGUUCGCUGCCAAAUGAAUUUGAAUUUCUUCCAUCACUCGUCUAUUCCGAAUGUAAUCGAAGCAUUUUUACAAAAAUUUUCAUUCCAAAGUAUACACAAAUUGGUCCACUCGUCGGUGUAAUAACACCCGAAGUUGACAUACCUGACGAUUGCAGUAUGGCAUAUGUUUUUGAAAUACAUGACAGUAUACUAUCAAAAUCGAUCUAUUAUAAUUUGGAGAAUAGGCAAAAAUCAAAUUGGUUUCGAUACUUACAACCAGCUAGAGCACGCGAUCAACGGAACUUAACGAUGAUUAAAGUCGAAGAUAAAAUCUAUUUUGUUAGUUGCAUGGACAUAAAUGUUGGCUGUGAAUUACUUUAUUGGAGUGAUGAUAGCAACUCGGCGUGGGGAAAGAAGAAAAUUGAGAAAACGAGCUGUGGUGGCUGUAAUCUCCGCUUUGAACAUCCACUUCAUUACAGAACACAUUGUUCUGUAUUCCAUGACCCAGGCUUUAGUUUGACGAUACGAAAAUACCAUUGUAAAGUGUGCGGUGUUGCUGUCUUAGGAAAGGAAAACAUAAUGAAACAUGCUGAGAAAUUGCAUGAGGGUAAAGGUGCAUAUCAAUGUCAGUACUGUAAAAAAUUCUUUUUACGUCUCAACUAUCUUGAGAUGCAUCGGACAUAUGGAUGCAGUGCUAAUCCGCAACGUGCGCGACCACUCUGUGACUUUUGCGGUCGAAAGUUUUGUCAGCCACAAAAGCUCAAAGUUCACAUUAAGAGAAUGCACAGUGAUAUGGCAGAAGUUCUUCGUGAUUUUCAAUGUAAAUUAUGCUCAAAGCUCUUGGGAUCACGUGCCGCACUGCAGAGACAUUCUAAAGAAGUUCAUAGUCGGAAUUCAGCAGUUGUUAGUUGUCCACGUUGUCAGAAGCUCUUUCAGAAUCGAAGCAAUCUUAAAAUUCACAUGCUCACACAUUCUGGUGUACGUCCUUUUAAAUGUGCAGAACAAGAAUGUACAGCAGCCUUUACAACAAAACAAUGUCUUCAAUUUCAUUAUAAGAAAGUUCACGGAUAUGCACAGGAACUAAUGCCAAAAAUUGAGAGAAGUGUGGCUUAUACUUUUGAUGCAUAUUCAGGUGGAUUACAGCCUGAACCUUUAGAUGGCAUGACAAGACGCCAACGUAAAUUGAAUGCUGGCGAACCGAUCUGCAAACCUACGAAAAGUCUCGGACAAAAGGAAACAAUGCUGAAGGACAAAAACUUCCUUUCAUCAAUAAGUGAUUUGUGCAAAAACGAAAACAACUUAAACCUGCUUUCAUCGAAAAUCUCGUCUAUAUUGAAUUGCAAUUUAAAGGAAAUGAAUAAGAAGCUUAUGAAUAAUGUUGCCGCUUCCGAGGGCGUUAAUAUGGAUGAUAAUGAUGACGGUAACGAGUUCCAUGGUAAUAAUGAUUUUUCAGGUGAAAAUCUCAAUAGUUCUGAUAUGGAAGCUAAAAUGAUAGCGGCUGGAAAAAGCAUGCGAACAUUAUUGCAACAAAAGCGAAGCGAAGAGUCGAUGAUGAAUGAUUCAAUAUCGGGAAAUGAUACGAACGAUAUUGACAAUGAUGAUAAUGACGACGAUGAUAGCGAUAGAAAUUCAUUUAAAGCACCAAUCAAUCGACGAUCUUUAUUGGAAAAUUCACAGCUUUCAAUUACAUCAAAUCCGAGAUUUAAGGAUUUCCUAUUGCAGACUAAUCCGAAUCUUGUCAUCAGUAAAGGAAGUAAGAAAUGGAUUAGUGAUCCUGUUACAAAUAUGGAUAUGGAUGAUAAUGAUGUAAUGACACAAGCAAAUCGUGACUUUCUGGCUAAACUCAUCUCAUCGAAACUUCAUAAAGGAAGUGUACAACCUCGAAUGGAUGAUGGAAAUGAACAUUCGCCAAUUUUGGAUGUGGAUUCGAAUAUACAUCAUCAUCAAAAUCAUCACCACCAUCAUCAUAAUCAUCAACAUCAGCAGCAACAACAGCCACAGCAUCAAGAUCCAGAUCAAUUCAGUCAAGCAUAUAGUAAUCAAAAUGGAGUGCAAAACGAUGACUUAAUGGACAUUCAGCAGACACAAUAUACAAACAAUGCUAAUAACAAUAGCAAUCAGUCGUUCAAUACACAUUUUAAUCCUCUUGGUGGCUUUUAUAAUGGAAAUGCUAAUGUGAAUCGUAAUAUGACAUCCACAAUACCUACAUCUGCAAGCUUACUUGUUGAGGCAGCAUUAAGUUCCGUUAGUAGUAUGAUUGGAAAUAGUCACGAUAUUAAUGAUAAUGGAAACAAUCAACAAAUGACGAUUGACGAAGGACACGAUGGUCAACAACCCGAAGAUUUACCAGACGAAAUGACAAGUCCCGAGUUUCAGAGUAAUGCAAUGAUGAGUGCAGUCGAUGAGAAUAUGAAGAUAAUGAAAGCUGCACAACAGAAUUUUCCAAUUCAUUUGCCAUCAAUGUCUACAUUUAGUAAUAGUGUUAAUUCCAAUAUGAUGCAAGAAAAUAAUGAAAUUGAUGUUGAUGCAGGAACGCCAAAACCUCAAGAUAAAAUGUGUGCAUAUACACCAUCCAGUAACGAUAAAGAUGUUCAAGGAGCUUUUCAAAAUCAACAGAAUGACUCGUGUUCGCCAGCACGAACAAUGACACCGGAUCAACAGCAGCACAAUACAAAUUAUGGAAAUACGAAUUUUAAUGCUCAACGUAAUCAACAAGUACAACAAAUACAAACGUCACCAGGACAACUUUCGCAAAGGCCAAUUUAUGGCUCAGAGCAUGAUUUAGUAUCGCCAGCAUCAACACCCUCACUACCGCGUUAUGAUUUUGGUGCUGAAAAUUACCGUGCACGACGUGAAAAGAUGGCAGCAGCUAAUAUGGAAUAUAAUAAGUCCGUUCAUCAUCAACAGCAAAAUCAGCAGACACCACAAAUGACACAAUUGUCAAGUGAUGAUGAAAAUUCGAUUGUUAUAGCUGAAAAUCUUAGUAUAAGUCAUCAGCAGCAACAAUCACAUGUUGUUAAUGAUAAAAUUAAGCUCAACUCACAAAUAUCAGAUUUGAUGUAUGCAAAUAGUAAAUACAGUGAUAAUCAAUCGUCUGGUAAUCAACUGCACCGUGAAUCACUCAAUGAUUUACGUUUAAAGUACAACGAACAGGGUCUAGAAAUUCAAGAAUUUUCUUCUUCACGUAAUCAGGUUGUGAAUGAAAAUGUAACGAGUGGAAAUUCAAGUGGUGAUUAUCAUCAAGGACUUGAUAUGUCAUCACGAGCUGGAAUUGCUGGAUAUCAUUCAGCACAUAAUUUCCAAUUAGCUUCUUCAGCCGCAGCCAGUAGUAAUUUAAGUUUCAAUCGUUAUCAGCAUCACAUUUAUGAUAUUUUAACUGAACGUGAUGCACAGCAAAAUGCUCAGCAACAGCAACAAGAACAUCACUCCUUCCAGUUACAGCAACAACAACAACAAAUUCAGCACUUGUUACAAGAUCACAUAUCAGCAACUACUCAUCAACAGGAUCAUGAUUCAGAUCCUUCUGGUGUUGAUUUAAGUCGCACUUCUAAUUACAUUGUACCUCCCUCGCCACCAGCUGCCACAUCACAUAUUCCAACACAUACUUAUUCACAUUCUGAAAUGUUACGGAUGGCAUCAUUGGAUUUAAGCUCAGCAGGUGGAUCAAGUACAUCAGGCAUGGUGGGAACUAAUAAUUCACAUCAUGUUCGUCAUCACACAUCAUUUUUGCCUCCACAUGCUGCCACAAAUCGCGAUCUGUCCGAACAUCAUCGUUUCCUAUCAACUGCUGAUCAGCGACUUCUCGUUGAUCCAACAGCUCAUUUAUUGAUAGAACAAAAUAAUCGCCUGCUUACAGCAUCUGAAAAUAAUAGAAUUCUUGAUCAAUCUCGACUUCUGACAGCUGACGGUCCAACAAAUCGUCAUGUCGUAUCGCCACGUGGCUUUGGAGCUUAUCAUCAUCCACACCAUUCCCAUCCACAUCAAAUGAAGUAUCAUCAUCAAAGUCCGCAUGCAACUUCAAAUCAACAACAGAAUUAUCAUCCAUUCUCAGCAUCAUAUUAUUAAGUCACUCUCAUAAAUUCAUCAUCUAGUCACUCUCAUCGGUCAUUAUCGUAAAUGUUUUUAUUAAAAAAGCAAAAUACAAAAAAAAAUUAUUAUUAAAAUUUAUUUGUUUAUUAAAAAAAAUCUAAUUGAAGAUUUUUUUUUUAUUGUCAGACACAAAUUUAUCUGCCAUUAAAAAAGGUAAAAUAAAAAUUAAAAUUAGAGAAUAAACAGUCAAACAAAAAAUAAAUGAUAUAAAUUAUUGUUGACAUGACAAAGAACAAACACGUGUUGUUGUGUCACCUACUUAUAUACUCAUAUUUAAAAAAAAUGGCCAUCACAUUUAAUGUGUAUAGCUAUAAAAAAAAUACGAAAAAGUUAUAAAAGUAUAAAAUGUAAUUUGCCAAGAGAAAAAAAAAAAAAAAAUUAAUAAGAAUAAUAAUUAAUGACGUUAGAAUGUUUGAUCAUCAAUUUAUUCUUUCCAAGUAAAUAAGAAGAAGCAUAAUCAUCAUCUCAUUUUGAAGUCUAAAUUAUAAUUAUUUCCAUUCAAUUACUAAAGAGAUACUUAUUGAGUUAUGGGGAGGUUAAUUUAAAUGCCUUAAUAAGCACACUGUCUUGACUAUUGUUGGAUAUACCCAAAUGAAUAACUGACCGAUUCGUAUCUCCAAAGAUUUUGCUAGUCGUCCUUAAGAACGGACUAAUCGGUCAGUUGUGCAUUUAGAAUAUAAUUGAGAAAUGCUAGCGAUUGAAGUGAAUCAUAUAUGAUUAUAGAUGAUCGGAAUCAGUAGGAAUUGAACCCAUACUUCACAAAAGCAAAUUCCAAUUAAGCUGCCUAGCUACUCGGUCUUAGAUGUUUCAUUCUCGCGAUGGCAGAUUCGCCUAAUGCUAAUCCACAAAAAUUCUAAAGCUGAACUUAAUUUUCCUAGUAUUAUCAAUCACAGAUCAUAUGGCUCGAAAUCUCAGAUUCCACUCAGGUCAGACACUACAGGACUCUUAAAAUCUAGAAAACUUCAAUCGGAAAUGAAACUAGCAACCAAGAGCAUAACAUUCAAAGUUGCCGUUCAAACAUCUAUCAAGGCACAAUCGCUUAAAGGCUUUCAUUUCAUUACCUUCCCUCAUUAAUUUCAUUAAUUAAUGAAAAAAGUAAUAAAGAAACUUUCUUCUUCCAUUUUAAUUUUCACAAAGAAAGAAUCGCUUCCCUUUAUUGCUUUAUAUAACUUAGAAGCAUAUUCACAUGCUAGCCGUGUUUAUCUCAUGAGCGGAUAGAACUUUAUUUUGUAUAACUUCAAGGGCAUUGAUUCAAUUAUUGUAAGUUGCUGAAUUCAUCCAGAUUUCAAACUUAUUUGUUAUCUCCAAGAAUGCGGAACUGAUCAACUAAGUUUAUAGAAACAUAGUUAGGGGCCGUUCACUUAUCACGUUCGCAUUUUAGGGGGGAGGGGGGGUUUGUUCACGAAAAAGAUUUGUUUACAAAUUCACACCAAAAACAUUUUUUUAAAAUUUUUCACCUUUUUAAUGAUUUAUGAAAAAUUAUCAAAAUAAAAUAAAUU